AUUUUAAGGUUCUGUCGGUGGUACGAUUUGUUAGUCCUUCUGAGUCGGUGUCUUACCUGUAAAGUGCUUUUUUUACGAUGGAGAACAUAAUCGUUGAUUAUAACUUUGAUUAAUCUUGAAUGAUAGCUUUUAUUAUUAAAAAAGAACAAUAUAUUGGUGUAUUUUAAAAGACGUAGCAUCGUUGUGCAUUGAGUACACGCUGAACUUUUUUUUAGAUUAGAAUCAUUGCUGUUCCUUCUAGAAACAAUUCCCACUUAUCCUUAAGAAAUUCUGUCACUUUUCAUAUUUCCUUCACCCCGUUUCCCCUGUAGUGAUACUAUAUUUUAUUGGACAACCAAUGCAAAUUUAAAGCACAAUUUAUUCAUCCAUAUGAUUACACAACAUUUAUGUAUUACAGCUUGUUUUAGUUCGUGAUGAAAACCCUUUUUAGUUCCUAACCCUAAAUUCUAUCUUUGAGUCCCCGUAUUCCCCCAUACUCAUUCAUAACCCUCCUUUGACCCUAGUACUUCUGUUGACUUAUCUAUAGUAAGGUAUCGAUUAUAAUGGAAGCUUUCCUUACUGGAUUCAAACAAAAGCCCCAAGAUAGCAAAGGACGCAUAAAAAGUCAAAAACACAUCCCUUGGGUUGAAAAAUAUCGACCAAAAACAAUAGAUGAAGUAGCUUAUCAAACAGAAGUUGUUAGCGUUCUUCAAAGGUGUAUUGAAGGAUCUGAUUUGCCAAAUUUACUGUUUUAUGGACCACCGGGAACUGGGAAAACGUCUUUGAUUUUUGCUUUAGCUCGUCAACUUUUUGGCCCUUUGUAUUCAGAACGUGUUUUAGAAUUGAAUGCGAGCGAUGAACGUGGGAUCAGUGUCAUUCGAGAAAAAGUGAAGGCUUUUGCUCACAUCGCUGUUAGUAGUAGUACUAAUAGCUCUGGUUCAAGUUCAACUAAUAUACCACCAUAUAAAUUAAUAAUCUUAGAUGAAGCUGAUUCUAUGACAGCACCUGCACAAGCUGCUCUACGUCGUACAAUGGAGACUGAAAUGAGAACUACACGAUUUUGUUUAACUUGUAAUUAUGUUACGCGAAUUAUUGAACCAAUCACAAGUCGAUGUGCAAAGUUUAGAUUUCGUCCAUUGGAUAAUGAAAUUGCACGUGCUCGUUUACGUCACAUUGCAGAUGCAGAAAAUUUAUCCAUUACUAAUGAGACAUUGGAUCAUUUACUGUCACUUUGUCAUGGUGAUUUACGGCAAGGUAUCACAAUGUUACAAUGUGUUCAUCAGUUGAUUAUAUCCGUUGAUGAUUCCGAUGUUGGUUGUCGUUCUUCGAUUACCUCAAAAGAAUUAGAUGAGGCUGCAGCUGUUGUUCCGAGUGAUAUAAUUAAAAAUCUUAUUAAAACAUCAGAAAAUGGUAGUUUCGAUGAUUUACAAAUCAUUAUCAAAAAUUUAUUAUUGGAAGGUUAUUCAGCACAUCAGACCACUUAUCAACUGCACGAACAUAUAAUCAAUGACGAAAAACUAUCCUGUAUUCAAAAGGCAUCUAUUUUGGAAUCUCUUGCUGUUGCUGAUUCUCGACUAAUUGAUGGAGCUGAUGAAUAUUUACAACUUCUAGCCGUCGGAGGGACUCUACUUAAAACUAUCCAAUCAAAUUAAAAGAUGUAUUUAUCUUUAUAUAAUGCUUUUUUACUUUUAACAAGUACUGUACAAUGAUGAAUAAAUAUUUCAGAAAUUCUAUCACUUAUAACUUAAACAA